AGCCAAGAUCGAAGAUCCAGAUCACAUUCAAAGUUUAAACUACACGAGGAUAGUCGACGGAGAUCCCUCAGAGGAUAGAGAGGUCGCUAUACAGAUCCCUUGGAGAGUAUUUUAGGUGCGUAAAGGAAACAGGGGUACCAAAAAGACCCAGGGGUAUUAACCCUGUUUUCAGACCAUAUUUGUGGUUUACAGUUUGACUUUUUGCAUAAGAAAGUAGACUCGUUCAGGACACUGCCGUAAAGUGCGCUAAGGCAAGUGUUGCAGUGAGAUAGGUGGCGUAGUCUACACCUGUGGAUGCUGAGAAGCACUUUGGACAUUGGUUGGAAACCCCUGAUGACAAGACGCAUAACAAGUACUCCAUUACACAAAAUAGGCAGUUGAUAGCAGUGCAGGGAUUUCGGAAGAAGGACAUUUCAAGGGAAGAUGUGGAGGAGUUUUACUCUCCUAGUAACGUUUCUCCUGAGCGAGUAUAGUUGCGGCUCGUAUGUGCCGUGUGAACCGUGUGACCAAAAGGCGCUCACCAUGUGCCCGCCGGUGCCGAUUGGAUGCCAGUUGGUGAAGGAACCCGGUUGCGGGUGCUGCCAGACGUGUGCACUCACUGAGGGCCAAUCUUGUGGUGUGUACACCGGGACAUGCUCGCGGGGGCUCCGCUGCCUGCCGAAGAACGGGGAAGAGAAGCCGCUGCACGCGCUCCUCCACGGCAGAGGAGUUUGCACAAACGAAAAGAUGUACAAAUCGCUGCAUACUUCACGGGUUGGGAACUCUCCUGACUCUAUCCUGCCCCAGGCCAAGGUGCCUCUGUACAGCAGAGAUGAACAAAUGAGCAGUAGGAAGGCUCAGGCUCUGAGAAUGGCCAUGGAACGUAAAAGACAAAAGGCCAUGAUCCACUCUGUCUCUGGUCUCGACUACUCUCCCCUCACUAUAGACAAACUGCAGCCAGAGAUUGGUCCCUGCAGGAGAAAGCUGGAUGGGAUUAUUCAGAAGAUGAAGCACACCUCUCAGGUCAUGGCCUUCUCUCUCUACAUCCCCAACUGUGACAAGAAGGGCUUCUACAAGCGCAAGCAGUGUAAACCGUCUCGCGGACGGAAGCGUGGGAUCUGCUGGUGUGUGGACAGCUUUGGCGUGAAGCUCCCAGGAACUGACUACAGCGGGGGAGACAUUCAGUGCAAAGACCUGGAGACCAUCAGCAACAACUAAUGAAAGAGAAAGAAAGAGAGAGGGAGGGAGGGAGAGAAAGAUAAACGACAAGUAAGAGGCUGGCUUGGUGGUGAGGUCACACGCAUGAUUGACACGCUGAUUCUCCUCUAGUUUGAACCGACUGACAGAAGUUCCUGACCCCUUGAUCCUCAUGUUAAUCAAGCUCACAAACAUAAAAAAGCCAAUCAAGUCAGGGACUUGUGUGAGGUGUGGAAAUAUGUAAUUGUGGUGUUCUGGACUGUCACUGAUUUUGAACAGACAAGACCUAUAUUAUAUUAUCCUAGAUCAUUGGAUUGUGUGUAGGUACUGACAGACAUAGGCUGAUAAAAAAAAAAAUGUUUUAAGCAACAUGUAUAUUUCAGUCCUCUAUCUUAAAGUUUUUAUUAAAGGUAGUUACAUACCAGAUUGUAUUUUUCAAAUCUCUUAUCUUGUUCACGUAAUCUCAAUGGGAACGCUCUAUCCGGGCCAUGGGAUUCAGGGACACAUUUAUAGGUGACUGACUUCUCUGUUCAGAAGGGUUCUAUGUUCCUUCAAAAGACUGUCUCUCUCAGUGCAACGAGAACAGCUUUCAUCACUCCUGUCAGUCUUUCAGCACUUCUAAGUGUGUGUCUGCCUACCAUGCAUUCUCCUACACUAUUGUCUGUGAUGUUUGGAAGCACAUUCCUCCGUACGUUCAGUACCCCUUGAAGACUAAUCUGUGGUGUGUCUUGACAAUGACAGAAUAGAUCCCACACACAGCUGUCUAGUUGUUGUUCAGCUCCAGCCUAAGAGAGAAUACUGCCUCCCAUUUACCUAGACAGGACAGACCCUGACCACAUGCAAAACACCUCACACCCGAGAGGCCCCUGAUCCCUGCCCAGGCAAAUCUGUCUCCACCUCUGCUGGCUGCCCUCUCUCUGGAGAGGUGAUCGCUGGGUUUGUAUGUAAAACUCGGCCCCUUCUCUCCUAUUCCACUUUGAAUUUUGAUUUACAUACAAAUCCAUCAUGUUGUUGAACAGGGGCAGCUGCAGCAGGGAGAGACUUAGACUUGGACCUAAGAUUGGCAUAACUAUUUUGGAAAUAGCUUGUCAAGAAGAAGCUUGUUUAUAUUGGGUUUAAGAUUGCUAUUAUAUUCAAGCAUUACAUUUGUCAAUACAACUGAGUCGUAAAGUAAAAGGCCCCAUCGUCCAGAGUUUUGUUGUUGUAGGUUAUUAUAGUGCUGACACAGGCACCUCAGCCCAUGGCCUUCAACCAAAGAAUCACUAAACAAAAUAUCUCGACUCUGUCUUUGCCUUGAUUGCACAUAAGACAAAAAUGCAAUGACAUUUCCAAUAUUUCUCGAUAUAAAGAAGUAAGCAUAUAGAUUCCAUCUCGUAUGUGAAUAUCACAGUGUAAUAUUUAUUCUGUGUGUAAUUUAUGUAACCUUGUCUUUUUUUGUAAUGGAAAAUCAGUUAUUUAAAUAAAGUCAUGUACUCAGUUAUGUCAAGGUG